CUCGAUCGGCCCCAGUGGACAAAGCUAUAUCAAGUCCGGAAAAUGUUAGAAGUAUUCUACGCAAAAAAAGACGAAUGAGAAAGGAUAAACUUUUACAAUGUACUGUGUACUACAAGCUAAAAAUAUGGUGGGAGGAAAGUUAAAUUUGUAGUGGGGUCUGCAGAUUUUGAUUGUAUAAAUAAAUUUGAUAGUUGCACCGUUGUCGGCACUAGUUCACCUUUCGAUUUCUCUUUUACUCUAUCCCAAAAUUUUCCUGAUUUGUUAGGGCUUUAACAUCUGAGCUGAAUCCAAUCUAUCGUGUUUUACGGAGCUCCUGUAGAAAGCAUUGGACUUGAAAUAGUUGCAUAGUUGCAAUAGAAAUCACCAAGGUUCCACGUCGAAAAUGGGUCUUUCAACUUAUUCUAGUGCGGCUGAUGCGGGUGUACUCUGUGUAAUUCUGGCAAACACAGCCAUAUCCAUUUCAAUUAUGAAGGAGAUUGUUCGCUCACUGCUUCUUCUCAUUGGCAUCCAUAUUGCAUCAUGGGAAGAAUUAUCCAUGGAGCAGUUAGACUCAGUUCAUUCUCAUAAGAGCCCGUCAGAAUCGUACAUUGAGGAGUUCCGUAGCCGAACACCAGCUAUUAGGUACAACUCGAUGUUCACAUGUGACUGUCCCAAACAAGAGUGCUCAGUCUGCUUGACUGAAUUCGAGCCAAAUGCAGAGGUUAACCAGCUGUCUUGCGGCCAUGUUUUCCACAAGUCUUGUCUUGAGAAGUGGUUGAACUAUUGGAACAUCACGUGUCCUCUUUGUAGGAAUAACAUGAUUCCUGAAGAAGAAGUCGAGGAAGAUUCCUGUCCAAUGUGAAUCGCUUAACAGAUCAACUUUUCAUGGAAGCUCGGUUGUUCUGCGUAGUUUGUACAGAAUAUGUAAUAAGAUUUUGCAUCGGCUCAUGUGUUUGAUGCCUUUGUUUUUGCUACUCUGUUUGCGUCCUCUUGUAGUGACGGGUCUUUGGUGACCGAUAUAUCUGUUGUAAAUAAGGCGAAAAGCUUCUGAUUAUCUAUGGUCCUGAGGUUUUAGUUCAGUUCAGGCUUUAUGAGAA